ACUCACCCAACAUCAAUCAACAACAAUCCAUCCGCAAUCCCCCUUCAUCACUUCUCGCCCAGCUCCCCAGCGCUCCAUCCCACGCCGCCUCUCGCACCGUGCGAGUCAUCUCCUGCCUCUCCCGUUCUCGCGUGCCGCGAUCCCGCGCCCCGCGGCCCGUGCGGAGCAUCACACGCGCCUCUCUUCCCUCCCUUCCGUGCCCCUCACCCUCUCCCUGCUCAUGCCGCGCAAACACCGUCCACGAACGACCACUCUCUACCUCCCACCUCCGGAGCAGGUCGAGCCUGCCGCCCCGCCGAGCCUCGAGGUGUUAUUGGCGGCGCAGCAAAUUGCGCACGACCGAGGGCACGCCUUCGACAUCGAGAGCUUCCUACUCCCUGCGCAGCGGGAAGAGUACCUCGCCUACCUGGAAAGCGAGAGUGAGCGGAGUAGUGAGAAGCGUGGCACGGGGGAAGCGGAGACACCCACCGAGGAUGAGCCAGCGCCCAAGCGUCCGCGCCCUUUGAGCGCUGGGCCAGCGGCGUCACAUUGGCGGAGUCGGCUACUCACCGGGCGACGGACGCGAUCCGCCACGCCGCGCAUCAAGUCCGACCCAGAUGCCAACCUCGGGAGCAUGCCCGGCACACCGACAAAUCACAGCUUGCGCGACCGCGAAAAGUCCAAACAGGAGAUCGUGUUGCCCGCCGAUCGGCCUGAGAUUCAGGCGUCGGCGUCAUACUGGAACCACCUUCUUGUGCAGGCACGAGAAGCGCGCGGCCCGCAGUGGGACUACAACACGCAGAUGCUCAUGUUCGACCAGCACUCGGACAAGUACUACUCGCAAGGGCUGCCGGCGCCGCCAACUCCCCCGCGACCACCACCUAAGAAACUGGAGGAAGUGCCGAACGGAGAACCCAACGGCGAGGGGAAGGGCAAGGCGCCAGAGAUUGCGCCAGCUCGCCAACAACCACCACCACCACCACCAAGCGGCAUGCUUCCCCGCUUCUCCAACGCUGCGGGCGGGUCAGGCGGUAGCGCGAGUGGGAGCGUCAGCGGGAGCGUAAGUGGGCCCUCGCCGUCAGCCGGGCCCGCCCAGAGUCCGCAGAACCCGAGCCAAAGCCCGAGCCAGAAUCAGCUUCCACCCCACCUUCGCAUGCAGGCCGCCGCGCAGGCGAAUGUGCAGGCGCAGGCGCUCGCGCUGGGCCAAAGCGGCGGAUUCAACCUCAACCCCAUGGUCAUGCAGGGCCGGCCGGGGAUCAAUCCCAUGAGCUUGAUGGGGGGCAUGGGGGGAAUGCAGAUGGGGCAGAUGGGGCAGUUCCAAGGCGGCCCGCAGGGGCAGGGGCCUAUGGUGGGCGGUGGGUGGGGAGGGGAGCAGUUCCAGCAGAACGGGUAG